UUUAAACGUCGGCUGGAGGUCUCAGAACUAAGCAGUCAUCUAAAUCAACCGGAGAUAUGUUGAACACUCGAUUUAUAACGACUUUGUUAGCCGUUGCGAUUAUUUUCGUGUCUGGAACUCAUGCUGCCGUUUUCAGGCGGUCGAGCCGGGCAACCUGCCCACAAGUAACGACCAAGCCCGACUUCAAUUACAUUCCGUAUGCUGGUUUGUGGUAUGAAAUUGAGCGUUUUGAAAAUGUUUUCCAGCAAGGAACAUCAUGCGAGCGUGCCAUUUACGAAGAAAUCUCUGUGGGUGUAGUUAGCGUGCUGAACACAGCUGUUUUGGCUGACGGGAGCUUGACUAACAUCACUGGAUCAGCCACUGCCAUCAGCCCGGAUGAACCUGGUCAUUUGAUCGUCUCCUUUCCUGGUCGACCGGACGGAGAUUAUUUGGUGUUGGACACGGACUACACCAACUAUGCCUCUGUUUAUUCUUGUGAUGUUGCUGGAGCUUUCGUUCUAGAAUACGCAUGGCUGUUGGGUCGUGAACAGACUAUGACCCAAGAAGUUAGGGAUGUAGCUCUUUCCAAGUUCACUCAGUUUGGAGUCGAUGUCAGCCAAUUUCAACUGACUACCCAGGGUGAAACCUGUGUCUAUUAUCCAGAAUAUCCUUUCCCCCCAUCUGUUUCGAAGUAAUUAUCUGUUAAAAAGCAGUGAAGUUAUCGUUUUACUGUUUUCAUGUUUUAAAUAAACAAAUUGAGCUAAAA